AUGCCUCGCUCCUUUCUGGUGGAUUCCCUCAUCCUAAGGGAAACUAAUGACAAGAAGGAUGAAAACAGCCCACCUCUCUUCCCAUAUGCGGUCCAUCCUUCCCAUCCUCUGCAUGGUCUGCCACCAGGCUCCUGCCACUCUCGUAAAACAGGGCUCUUGUGUGUCUGCCCUAUGUGUGUGACCGCAUCCCAGCUCCAUGCACCUCCUCCAGGCAUCCCGGUUCUCAAGGCAGCCUUCUCUUCUUUUGGCUCUCAGUAUUGCCCCACCGCCUUAGGAAGGCACCAUUCAGCUUCAUCUGGCCUCAAUAUCAGCCACGGACCAGCCAUCUACCAAGCCACGUACCCCCUGCCUGACCCACGCCAGUUCCACUGCAUCUCAGUUGAUAGCCAUUCCAAUCAGCUUCCUAGUAGCAAAAGGAUGCGCACAGCCUUCACCAGCACUCAACUUCUGGAACUGGAAAGAGAAUUUGCCUCUAACAUGUACCUGUCAAGACUCAGGCGCAUAGAGAUUGCCACUUACCUGAACCUAUCCGAGAAACAGGUGAAAAUCUGGUUUCAGAACAGAAGAGUCAAACACAAGAAAGAAGGAAAAAACAGCUCUCACAGAGGCAGCCCACACAACUGCAAAUGUUCUUCUUUAUCCACAAAGUGUUUGGAAGAAGAUGAUGACCUGCCCAUGUCCCCGUCUUCAUCAGGGAAAGAUGACAGGGACCUUUCCCCAAGUCCAUAA